AUGGCGUCUGAUUCGGGCCCUGCCUCCUCGGAGUCAGAGCCGCUCCUCCCCGGCCGCCGCGCGCCGUCCACGGGCGGCUGGAAGUCCGCCCUCUUCAUAAUCUGGGUGGAGGUGGUGGAGCGGUUCGCGUACUACGGCAUCUUGUCCAACCUGAUCAGCUACCUGACCGGCUCGCUCGGGCAAAACACGACGGCCGCCGCUGCGGCGGUGAACGCGUGGUCGGGCGCCGCGGCCAUGCUGCCGCUCCUCGGCGCCACCGUCGCUGACUCCUGGCUCGGACGCUACCGCACCAUCGUCGCCUCCUCCGUGCUCUACAUCACGGGCCUUGGGAUGCUGACGCUCUCAUCACCUCAACAAUGCCGUGACUCCGCCGAUGGACAAGGUGUAUGCCCGCCUUCUUCCCUCCAGACGGCCUUCUUCUACGUCUCCCUCUACCUGGUGGCCAUCGCCCAGAGCGGGCACAAGCCCUGCGUCCAGGCCUUCGGCGCGGACCAAUUCGACGCGACAGACCCCGACGAGUCCGUGUCCCGGGCCUCCUUUGAAAGAUCAGAGGCGCAGGAUAGGAGGAACACCGUGACCCUAGCUUGGGACAACAUCGGCUGGGCCCUCGGCUUUGGCGUGCCGUCCAUGGCCAUGCUACUCGCGCUCGUCAUCUUCCUGCUUGGCACGAGGACCUACAGGUUCUACGACGGUGGUGCCAGUGCCAGCACGUUCUCCCUAGUCCGCAAGGCCUUCGUGGCCUGGAGGAAGAGGCCGCGUUGA